CAAACCCAACCCAGUGUGUUCACUCUCUAAGGAAAAACAAGCUACCUACAGCAAAGAACUGGGAAUAGACAGAAAGAAGUGAGAGAGACUUCACCACUGGCAGAGUAAACAGCAUGAAUCCAACAACUUCAGCAGGCCCCAUGGCCAACUCUAUGUUUGUGGUGACACCCCCAAAUGGAUAUACAGUGUUCCCUGGGGGCAUGUCUCAGGUGCCCAUAUAUCCAAACUACCAGUCCCAAGUCCAAGUAAUUCAUGGGAACCCACCUGUGUGGCCAUCUGUGAGUCAGCAACCCACCGAGAGAACCCUAAAAGAAGGCAAAGCCUUAGGGGCCAUCCAGAUCCUGAUCGGCCUGAUACACCUCAGCCUCGGUUGCAUCAUGGGGACUAUCCUCCAGAGGGGCUAUACUGCUAUUUCAUUCUACGGAGGCUUUCCCUUCUGGGGAGGCAUCUGGUUCAUCGUUUCAGGAUCCCUCUCGGUGUUGGCAGAAAAGCACUCACAGUCUUCUUGUCUGCUGAAUAGCAGCGUGGGUUUCAACAUUGUCAGUGCAGUCUUCUCCAUGGUUGGAAUCGCACUCUUGAUCGUAGAUUUAAUUAUCACCGCUCCCUACAGCUACCCUGUCUAUGAUCCUCACGAUGCCACCUGGGGCAGGGCCCCUGGGAUGGCCAUUUCUGGUUUGCUGCUCAUCUUCUGCCUCCUGGAGGUGUGCGUUGCAAGCGCAUCUGCCCACUUUGGCUGCCAGCUGACCUGCUACCAAACCAACAACGUGGGCGUGGUCAUCCCAAAUGUCUUUGUGACAAACCCAGCGGUCAACCCAGAACCAGAGAACUCGCCACCAAAUUAUUCUGAGGUCCAGGGUGACAAAUAA